UGGAUCUUAAUCUCAAGCUUGACAAACAUAAUUGUAUUCAACAUACUAGGCCUACCUAUAGAGCUAUCAUCUUUCACGACCAAGACGCGAUACAGGAGUCGAUCUGGAUUUAUCUCUACUAAUCCAAGAGCAUAAUUCACUCGGCAUGUCAAACCGCCGGACGCCAGCUGAUGUCGAUCAAACUCAUUCCGCAAUCCCUUCAUCCGGAUCGAACGAACAACUACAAGAUAACCAGCCCCGCACUCAAGCACAUUCCCUUUCUUCUUCUUCUGCUUCUUUCCACCAAUCCACUCCCGUACCAGCAACUGCUACAGGCGACCGGCAGUGGUUUCCACCAUCUCAGCAGAUGAUCGUCACCAGCUCUUCCUUCUAUGACCCUGCUCAAGCCUCGGCCUUUACACCCCAGCAGCCUACUAUAAAUGUCUGGGAUACCCAAUUCACAGGUCCAGGUGGAGAAUACUUUCCCCGACAACACACCACAUACCACCAGCCGUAUCGCUUUGAAGGAGCAGGGACAAACCAGUAUUCAUUUCCUCAAGACCAAGUUCAACAGCAGCAGCAACAUUCACAAGCACGCCCCGUGGCACCCGCUACACGGCGCUCGGCACGUGGUAGUGCCAGGUCUUCUGGGUACUAUAGGCAGGGGGGCACACAAAGCCAGCAAUACUCGCAAGUCCCUCCUUCCGUUCCUCCCAAUCCUCCUUCAGCCCAACCUCCUCCUCAGCCGUCUCAACAGCCAACAGGCCAAUCCCUCGCUGCACAGCGUACGACUCAAUUAAUCUCAGCUCAAUUCUCACCAGUGCAGGCUGAACAGCAGUACCCGGCUCAGCAGCCCCAGCCCCAUUUCUCCUCUCCCCCUCCGCCUACCCAGUCCCAAUUCCAGAUCCAACAAACCCAAUUUCCCACCUACCUCACAGUUUUCCCAGAGUCAGCCUCAGGCUAGGCCGCAUAAUCAGUUCUCGCAACCCCAUCAUCCUCAUGUUCCAACGCAAUCGCACGCACCCCCUCACGCUCCAACGCAAUCGCAUGUGCACCCUCAUGUCCCUACGCACCCCCAAUCUCAACCCCAGGUCCACACCCCUCCGAAUCCACCCCAGCAGUCUCAACACUAUUCAGGACCGUCAGAUCCAUAUU